AUGCAGUCUCAUGACUUAGUCCUUGCUCCACUACCUAUUAAAGAAGGAGACAAGACCUUCAUAGGCAGCUUCCAUUCAGGCACCCAGAAGGACACAGAAAGGCAAGACAAUUUAACAGAGCUAACUGUAUUAGCUGGUGGAGACUGCUCCCAGCUCAUCUUCAUGUUGCCCAUUUUAUUCUCUGCAUUCAUCCUGUCUGCUUGCUGCACAGCCAAGGGAAGCUGCAUCUCCUAUGAUGAGCUGAGAGAGCUGAAGACUGAAUUUGCCAUGAGUCUCUACCGGCAGGUGUCUGAAGCAGAGAACAGGACCAAUCUCGUAGUCUCUCCAGCAAGUGUGGCUGUUUCUUUGGAGCUGCUGCAGUUUGGAGCUCAAGGAAAUACCUUUACAGAGCUGCAAGAUGUCCUAGGAUACAGCAUUCAUGAUCAAAGCGUGCAGGAUUUCAUGCACACGGUGGAUGAAGCAGAGACUGACCCCAGCCAAGGCACAGUGGUCCAGCUGGGAUGUUCCCUCCUUGUGGAUGCAGGCGUGCAGCUCUUGCCUGACUUUGCCGAGCGUGCCACGCGCUGGGCCAACAGCAGCCUGCUCCAAACCAACCUCACCGACUGCAACACCACCCAUACACAGGAGUGGAUCACCACUGACCUUGCAGAUGGGGAUAUACAUGGGAUGGCACCGGAGAGUGCUGGGUCAUCGCUCAGCCAGGUCACCCUGGUGAGCACCCUGUACUUCAGAAGCGCGUGGCAAAAGAAGUUUUCCUUCAUGGAUUCCCAGAUGUUGCCUUUUACAACGCCAGAGGGCUCGACCCUGAAAGUGCCUACCAUGCACCACACAGCUGAAGUUAACUAUGGCCAGUUCCAGACUGCAGCUCUGGAGGCUUUCAGCGUGGUCGAGUUACCCUACCUGGGAGAGAAACUCAGCAUGUUCCUAGUGCUUCCCAGCCACAAAAGAACACCUUUGUCCCAGAUUGAGUCUCACCUUUCUGCCAAAACCAUAACCCUCUGGGCCAACAGCUUGAAGAGAACAAAGAUGGACAUUUUUCUGCCUAGGUUCAGUAUUCAAAGCCUUUUUGACCUAAAGACAGUUCUUUCUGCCUUGGGAAUUAGAGAUGCAUUUGAUCCCAUCACUGCUAAUUUUAAAGGCAUUUCAGAGCAAGAUAGUCUUUAUAUUUCAGAAGCUAUCCAUAAAGCAGAGAUUGAAGUAACAGAAGAUGGUACAAAGGCAUCAGGAUCUACAGCAAUGGUCUUACUGAAAAGAUCUCGAACACCUAUUUUCAAAGCAGACCGACCUUUCACAUUCUUCCUGAGACAAGCUAAUACAGGUAUGCAUGCUCUGCCUUUCAGGAGCAGAAUCCCAGCUACCAGCUACACAGGUAGCACUGAAAUCAAUACAAAUAGCAUGCCAUUCCUCAGUCCAGGAAACUUCAAAUAACCACAGAAACAGUGGGACUGGGGUUUUAAAGCAUAGAUUUUCAUUUCCUUAAAAAGAAUGUAUAACAGUCAUAGAAGUCUAGGAAGCCAGAUUAGCCUCUUCUUUGGACAGGCAGUAUGUGCUGAAAAAAUUUCCAUCAAAAUUAUAGGCACUAGAGAGAUCUCACAGAUGCUGAACAUUCCAGCAUCAGAAACUGAUCUCUACAGAGCAAUUCAAGUUACAUACGAGCUGGACCAGCUGCAUUAACAUCCCAAGUAGUUAAAAUAAAAACCUUUCCCUAUAAAGGAAACUUAUACUGAUAGCAAACAGACUUCUGCCAAAAAAUGUCUUUGCAACUGUUAACUCUUUUCUUGCAAAUGACCUCCCCUAGCACCCAAACAAAAACCACCCAAAAACCCAAACAGAACUGCAGAGCACGUCUUAGAGUGAAGCAUCACAGUGCUCCUUUAACUUCAGUAGUGGAUUAUAAGUCUCAUUUCAGACAUCCAAUCACAUUAAGUUACUCCAGAAUGUCUGCCAAAAUAAAACACCCUAUAGCUUGUUGCCAAUAAUAAAGAACUCCAUUAUUCACCAUUUAGCAGGUAUUUGCCACUCUGAAGCAUCAGGCCAAUAUCCAACAACUCUUACCAUUCUAAAUAAUGCAGUAAUUUUGCACCUGAAGUAUUUUCCUACAAAUCAUUCAAACCACCACAUUUCUCUCAUAACUGGGGUCACAGUCAUUUGGACCUUCAAGGAACAUACAGAUAUUUAUAGGGUUCAGUAAAACAUUGGGGCCUAGCACAAAGACAGAAAUAAUUUCCCUUAUCUGCUUCCAAGCAACACACACUGUUCUCUUAGUCAGUGAAUACCUGUGUAACAUUUUGUUCUAAAAACCCAUAUCAUUAAUUUUGACCACAGUGCAAGCACACAAAGAGAAAAUUACUGCCUUGGUUGGAAUUUUGUUUUAAAUAUGCUUUGGCAAUCACUACCAGUCAAUGAAUAAAAGUAUUUUACUUGGCAAAUAGAGAAUUUUAAAAUAAAAAGGCAUUAAUAAGCUCACCUGUGAAACA